UUAUGAUUCAUUUUUAUUUUACAACAGAAAACAAAAUCGGUAGCAUGUGUGCCGCCAUACUCAACUUCCGUAUUUUGUGAGAAUGUUGCUAACUACAAGCAUUUUAGGAAGGUCGACAGUCGUUCCAUUCAGUUUGAAUCAGUCUGUGAGAUUGAAUGAAGUGCCAGCUGUUUAUUCCGCAAACGGAGAGUGAAGAACGCUAAUCGUGUUAAAUUUGAUUUGAAUUAAAGAGACCAGAACCAACAUGAAGAUUGUUCAUUGGACAAUUUACUAUUUCAUGUUGGUGAAUUUUCACGUGAUCCAUUCGAACUUCAUCGAUUCGAUCAGAUUUUUAGAUAGUAAUGAAGUGAACGAAAAUUCAGAUUGUCUGCUGUCGCCUGUCAUUCUCAUUCCUGGAUUUGGUGGAUCCAAAAUGGAGGCGAAAUUGAAUAAACCAACCGCUCCACAUUGGUGGUGCUCAAAGAAAAGUGACUAUUUCAAUAUAUGGUUGGACUAUCAUCCUGUUCUUUCAUUUGAUUGCUGGAUGGACAAUCUGAAAUUAGUUUACGAUCCGGAAACGCGCAAAACUAAAAAUACACCGGGUGUCGUGACCAGAGUAAUUGGAUGGGGAAGCACGGAAUCAAUGGAAUGGAUAUGGAUAUUCGGUGCUUAUUUCAAUUACAUUUCAGAAGCUUUGGUAAAUCGCGGCUAUAUUCGAGGGAAAAAUCUCUUUGGAGCUCCGUACGAUUUUCGAAAAGGGCCAAACGAAAGCACACAAUGGUUUCAGAAUUUGAAGCAGUUAACCGAGUAUUCGUAUGGGAUCAACAAAAAUACUCGAGUCACUUUCAUUGCCUAUUCGAUGGGCGGUAGAAUGCUUUUGCAUUUUCUUCAGCAAAUGCCACAAGAUUGGAAAGAUAAAUACUUAGAACGGACUAUCACCUUGGCAGUUCCAUGGGGUGGCAGUGUUAGACCAAUUCAGGCGGUAUCUGUUGGAUAUGAUCUCGGUAUCGCUGUUUUUCCCAAUGACAAAUUGAAAGAGAUGUCUAAUACAUUUCCAUCUCUCGCGUACUUGAUGCCUUCGAAACAAUUCUGGGAGCCCGAUGAAGCAUUAGUCAUUAUGGAUUCGAAGAGCUAUUCACUUGAAAAUAUUGACGAAUUUUUCUAUGAUAUUGGCCAGCCACAGAUGGCUGAAAUAAGAAAAGACCAAUCAGUUUAUAACAAUUUCACGGCACCUGGAGUCGAGAUACAUUGUUUGUUUGGUGCGAAUAUUCCAACAGCUGAGAGAUUGUAUUUUAAAUCCGGGUUCAAUUCAAAACCAGUGAUACUAGAUGGGGAUGGUGAUGGUCAAGUGAAUAGGCGAUCAUUGUGGGGAUGCCGACAUUGGGAAAAUACACCGGCUCAAGCAGGUCAUGCAGUUUAUUUCAAAGAAUUUAAAGACGUCAAUCAUUUGAAAAUACUGUACAAUUCUGAAAGCAUCAACUACAUACUGAAAAUCGUUACAUGUGAUGCAAAUUAAUCAUAUUUUCGGACUG